AUGAAUAAACCCUACACCAAACAACCACAAGGAACAUAUACAAUGUCAUCAGAAUCAUCAAUCUCAUACGCUGCAUUGAUCUUAGCUGACGCUGAGCAAGAAAUCACCUCUGACAAAUUAUUGGCCAUCACUAAAGCCGCCGGUGCUCAAGUUGAUUCUAUCUGGGCUGAUGUUUUCGCUCAAGCUUUGGAAGGUAAAGAUUUGAAAGAAUUGUUAUUCUCUUUCGCUGCUGCUGCUCCAGCCGGUGGUGCUGCUGCCGGUGGUGCUGGUGCUGCUGCCGGUGGUGAUGCUGGCGCUGCUCCAGCUGAAGAGGCUAAAGAAGAAGAAGCUGCCGAAGAAUCUGACGAUGACAUGGGAUUCGGUUUAUUCGAUUAA